AUGGCCCUCAUUACCACUAUCGCCACGGCCGUAGCGGGUUGGGGUUGGCUGGCACCGGCUGCAGUGGUGGUCCUGGCUGUGGCGGUGGCGGUGGUCCGGGCUGUUCUGGCGCCCACCGUCGACGCCGCUACCGUCCCGCCCGACGCACUGGCGGGCAAGACAGUGGUCAUCACCGGCGGCGGCAGGGGAAUCGGCCGUGCGGCUGUACUGGACUUUGCCCGUCUCGGCGCUGAGCGCAUUGUUCUUGCUGUCCGCUCGCCUGCUGCGCCCUACGUCACCGCCACUCUCGAUGCCGCCGCCGCCGCCGCCGUCGCCGCCGGCCAUCAUCCACCGCACAUGGCUGCGCUCCGCCUCGAUCUGGCGAGCCUCGACUCGGUCCGGGCCUUUCCGGCUGCGCUGGCUGCCGAGAUGCGGACUCGCGAGCCGGCAAUCCAUGUCCUCGUCAACAACGCCGGCGCUAUGGGCCUCGGCCCAGACCUUGUCAUGCCCCACGAUCCGGCUGCCUGCGGCGAGCCGGGCUGCACCCUCACCGGCGUCGACCUCACGCUAGCCACUAAUCACAUGGGCCACUUUGCGUUGACGCAUGCCCUGCUGCCGGCUCUCGAGCGCGCCGCUGCCGCCUCGCCGCCGUCGGAUCCGGCACGCAUCGUUAACGUUACCUCGGUCACCCACAACAUGGUCUCCGCUUGGCCGGCAGACUACAUCGCCGGGCACAACGUCGCCGCCACCAACUCGAUGUUCCGCUAUGCUGCCUCCAAGCUGGCCAACGUCGUCUACACCCACGCUCUUGCCACCCGGCUAGACUCGUCCUGCAUCACCGUCAACGCCUGUCAUCCCGGCAACGUUAUCACCGACGUCACCGCCAACUACUUUGGCCCCUUCAUCCGGGUCGUCACCCCGAUUGCCACCUCCCUUGCCUGGAUUCUCUACGCGCUCGGGCUUAACUGGUCUAUCCGCCCACUUGCCAAGGGUUCCGAGGCCCUCGUCUACCUCGUCGCCGCCCCGCACCUCCGUUUCGUCUCGGGCGCGUACUUUAACAUCUCGCGCCUCACUGAGGCUUCGCGCCUCAGCUACGACGCAGCGGCCGCCGAAGAUCUCUGGCGCGUCUCAGAGCACAUCACGUGCGCAAAGUACCCAGUCCACAUGUAG